AUGGAAAGUCCACAUAUUAUAAUUAAAGAGGUAUUUAAUAAGUCCAUAAAGUCUCUAUUUCCUGAAUAUGAGAAUGAGGCUGUAAUCUCAAUAUCUAAUCCGAAUUUUGGGGAUUAUCAAUGUAAUAGUGGAAUGUUAAUUUUUUCUACUAUUGGCAAAAGUAUGGGAAUGAAAAGUCCAAGGGAAAUUGGUGAAAAGAUCAAGCAAUUUAUUAUGUCUGAUCCUAAUUCCAAUUUUUUAUUUGACUCAAUUAUUGUAGCACCCCAAGGUUUCAUAACAGUCAAAAUUUCGACGGAUUUUCUUCGUAAAAAUCUUCAAAAUAUUUUACAAAGAGGAGAGAUUCAAGUAACUUUAUCAUCUUCUCCUGUGAAAAUUAUUGAAGACAAAAAGCUGAAAGUGCUUGUUGAUUUCUCUUCACCAAAUAUAGCGAAAGAGAUGCACGUAGGUCAUCUACGUUCUACAAUUAUUGGGGAUACAAUUUGCCGUAUAUUUGAAUAUUUAGGAUAUGAAGUAUUUCGCAUAAACCAUGUUGGAGAUUGGGGAACACAAUUUGGAAUGCUUAUUGAAUAUUUAAAGGAACAAUAUCCUGAUUAUACAUCUAAUAUACCUGAAAUAUCAGACCUACAAGAAUUUUAUAGAAGUGCCAAAAAAAAAUUUGAUCAAGAUCCAGAAUUUAAAUUAAGAAGCCAAAAAGUUGUAGUAAAACUUCAAGGUGGAGAUCCUACAGCAAGAGCUGCAUGGAAAAAAAUUUGUGAAAUUAGUCGUAUUGAAUUUCAAAAAGUAUAUGAUCGCUUAAAUAUACAUAUAGAAGAAUAUGGUGAAAGCUUUUAUAAUGAUUUGAUUCCUGAAGUUAUUCUAAAAAUGAAGGAAAAGGGAAUUAUUCAACUUGAUGAUGGAGCUCAAUGCAUAUUUACUAGUGUAAAUAAUAUUCCUUUAAUGGCUGUAAAGAGUGAUGGUGGCUAUGGUUAUGACUCAACAGAUUUAGCUGCUAUUUAUUAUAGGUUGAAGGAAAUUAGAGCCGAUUGGGUUAUUUAUAUUACUGAUUCAGGUCAAGAAGAGCAUUUUCUAAAAAUUUUUGAAGUUGCUAAGAUUAUGGAAUGGCAUAAUCCACCAAAAACAAGAUUGGAUUUUGUAGGAUUUGGAGUAAUUCAAGGGGAAGAUGGUAAAAAAUUUAAAACAAGAUCUGGAGAUACUGUAAAAUUAGUGGAAUUAUUGGAUGAAGCCGUAACAAGGGCUUAUAAUGAAUUAAUAAAUAGACGAUUGCAAAAUGCUAAAAUUAAUGGAAAUAUUGAAUAUGAAGAUGAUGAUUUAAAAGAAAUGGCCAAAAAAAUUGGUUAUGCUGCAGUCAAAUAUUUCGACAUGAAACAGAAUCGUCUAACAAAUUAUAAAUUUUCAUUCGACAGAAUGUUAGAUCCUAAAGGAAAUACAGCAGUCUACCUCCUUUAUGCAUAUGCAAGGUUAUGUGCAAUAUUCAGGAGAUCUGGAUUAAAUCUCGAUAAUAAGUCGGAUAUCGAAAUAUUAUCUAGUUAUUCCAUUAAUAUACAACAAUCAGAAGAACGUCUCAUAGCACUGAAAAUAAUCAGAUUUCCAGAAGUUUUUGAUGGGAUAAUUGUCGAUUUACAUAUAAAUAGAUUGACCGAGUAUUGUUACGAACUAUGUGAACUAGUGGCCCAAUUUUACGCAUCAUGUAGAAUUUUAGACUGUAAUGAUCCUGAAAUUAGGCAAAGCAGAUUAGCUCUUUGUUUUAUAAUUAAAAAGGUACUUUUAGUUGCUCUAAAUCUUUUGGGAAUAGAACCCCUUGAAAAGAUUUAA